UGACUUGCGUGACAUUACUCAUUAUUAUCAUUCUAAACUGAUAAAAACAAUAAGUAUUUGGUUUUGCUAUUUUAAAUAAAUAUAACUCAAAUUUUACAACACGGAAUAUGAUUGAGGAACCGGAAAAUUGUCCUGGUGUUGAAAGUUCAAACGCUGGCUUCAGCAACGCUUGUCAGGGUUGCCCUAAUCAGAAAAUUUGCAGUGACCCAAACAGUAAAAAAGAAGAUCCUGGCAAAGCCCUUGUUGCAGAACGCUUACAAGAUGUGAAAAAGAAGCUUUUGAUACUGUCCGGAAAAGGUGGUGUUGGAAAGAGUUCGGUAGUAAUGCUUCUGUCACGCUUCCUUGGCAAAACAUAUCCCAAUCAGAAUUUCGGAGUUUUGGACAUAGACAUAUGUGGUCCAUCACAGCCUCGUAUUCUCGGAGUGGAAAACGAGAAUGUCCAUCAGUCUGGUUCCGGGUGGUCGCCUGUAAGUGUUGAAGACAAUAUAUGCCUAAUGUCGAUUGGUUUUCUUCUGGGAUCUACAGACGAUGCUAUUAUAUGGCGUGGACCGAAAAAGAACGGAAUGAUUCGACAGUUUUUGAGUGAAGUGGACUGGGGCAAUCUUGACUUACUACUGUUAGACACUCCGCCUGGAACUUCCGAUGAACAUUUAUCUGUUGUUAGUUAUUUGAAGGAUGACAAAGCAUCGCUUAAGGCUCUGAUAGUCACUACUCCUCAGGAAGUGUCACUUUUGGAUGUUCGUAAGGAAAUAUCUUUUUGCAAGAAACAAAACAUUCCUGUUUUGGGAGUCGUGGAGAAUAUGAGUUCAUUCGUUUGUGGACAUUGUGGGAAUUCAUCUGAAAUAUUCCCUGCUAAAACAGGCGGUGCAGUUGCUAUGUGCAAAGAAAUGGAUGUAAAAUUUCUGGGAUCACUUCCAAUAGAUCCAGCUAUAGCGAAAGCAUGUGACUGUGGGGAAGACAUAACUAACUUAAGUGGACCUUCUAUUGAAGCUUUGAAAAAGAUUUGUAAUCAAAUAAUUCAGGACUUGUAGUUUUAAUAUGUACCUAAUUUGUAAAAAAAGUUAAAAUAUAUUUUCAAAAUUCUAAAGUAAAAUUAAAAA